AUGGGGAGCGGGGCCAGCGCGGAGGACAAGGAGAUGGCCAAGAGGUCCAAGGAGCUGGAGAAGAAGCUCCAGGAGGACGCAGACAAGGAGGCCAAGACGGUCAAGUUGCUCUUGCUUGGGGCUGGAGAGUCGGGCAAGAGCACCAUCGUGAAGCAGAUGAAGAUCAUCCACCAGGAUGGCUACACGCCUGAGGAGUGCAUGGAGUUCAAGGCCAUCAUCUACGGCAACAUCCUGCAGUCCAUCCUGGCCAUCAUCCGCGCCAUGUCCACGCUGGGCAUCGACUACGCCGAGCCAUCCCGCGCGGAUGAUGGCCGGCAGCUCUUCAACCUGGCCGACUCCAUCGAGGAGGGCACCAUGCCCCCCGAGCUGGUCGACUGCAUCAAGAAGCUGUGGAAGGACGGGGGGGUGCAGGCUUGCUUCGAACGAGCCGCCGAGUACCAGCUCAACGACUCGGCCUCGUAUUACCUGAACCAGCUGGACAGGAUCACGGCCCCCGGUUACCUCCCCAACGAGCAGGACGUGCUGCGAUCUCGAGUGAAGACCACGGGCAUCAUCGAGACCAAGUUCUCGGUCAAAGACCUGAAUUUCAGGAUGUUCGACGUGGGAGGGCAGAGAUCGGAGCGCAAGAAGUGGAUCCACUGCUUCGAGGGGGUGACCUGCAUCAUCUUCUGCGGGGCGCUGAGCGCCUACGACAUGGUGCUGGUGGAGGACGAUGAAGUGAACCGCAUGCACGAAUCCCUGCACCUAUUCAACAGUAUAUGCAACCACAAGUUCUUUGCCGCCACGUCCAUCAUCCUCUUCCUCAACAAGAAGGACCUUUUCGAGGAAAAGAUCAAGAAAGUCCAUCUCAGCAUUUGCUUCCCAGAUUACGACGGUCCCAACACGUUCGAAGACGCAGGAAAUUACAUCAAGACCCAGUUCCUUGAUCUCAACAUGCGAAAGGACGUGAAGGAGAUCUACAGCCACAUGACCUGUGCCACAGACACGCAGAAUGUCAAAUUCGUCUUUGACGCCGUCACGGAUGUCAUCAUCAAAGAGAACCUCAAGGACUGCGGCCUCUUCUGA